CACACUUGCCCCUAUACCCUAACAUAAGUUUUUCUGCUGUGUCUUGAUCCGUUUUCUUCUCUCUAUUUUCUAUUCAUCACUACUUUCCAGUCCACUAACUCACCAACAUGUCUUACACUACAGUUGUUUCUCUCCUACUGGGAAAAGGCUACGAACUAAAACAAGUCUUAGAAAAAUUUAAGGACAGGAUCCAAGGCUUUGACAAUAUCGAGCUACGGACAGAUGAAAAUGCCAUCUCGUUUCGUGUUCACUACCGCCAGAGUCUGAUGGCCGAACUAAGUUUGAGUUUAACUUCCAACAUGAGUUGUUUUACUGGUCCGCACUCAUUUCAUCUUGGACCCCAUGGUCUAGAUGAAGUUUUUCGAAUGGUAGAUGGGUUGAAUCCAGAAAGCCUGCUUUUGAUCCAAAUCCUUCGAGAUCAAAAUAUGAACCACUGUCUGAAAAUGGACAAAGAAUACGUUGAUUGCUCUAUUGUUGGACGUUUUGAUGAUAAAAUGUUACCAAUGCAAUUGGUGGGGUUCGGGUAUGAAUUUGGACAUCAGUCAGCCACUCAUCUGACACGGUUUUAUGAUGCUAAUGUGGAGAUGCCUACAAAGGAACUUCUGGAAUCCCUCAAACAAUUUAGAAACAAGAAUGAUAGUGCUGUUCAAGGGGAGAAUGAUGACGAAGAUGAUGGUGGUGAUGAUAAUGAUGAUGAUGCUGAAAAAUUGUUAAUGAUGGAUAUUGACAAGAAAAGAGUGAGGCUGAGGAUAGGAAACAAAGAACCAAUCAUUAUUGAGGGAAGUGAUCACCGGAAUAUGACAAUUAAUGUUCGUGAAUCAGUUCGCGAUCUCAACAAACUGUAUAAAGCUGUGUUCAGUACUCCUAUCCUUGAGGAAUGGCUAGACAUGGCUGAGUAUUUUGGUGCUGAAUUUGUGACCAUUUGUGUGGACAACAGUAGGACUCAGAUGCUGACCUUCGGUGUCUAUGAAAUCUAUGAAGUGUGUUUUUACGGGGCUGGAGUACUCUAGCAGUCUAGCUGCUUCAUCUUCUGAUCAAUUGUGAACUCUCUAAUUACUCUGUGGUUGUUUUUCUUACAUUUUAUGGUACUUUUUUAAGUAUGUAAUGCUGAAUUGUUAGAGUAAUCUGAAACAGUGAUGUACCUCUCUGUUUUGUUAUCUUAUUUACAUAAAGGAGGUCAAUCAACUAAAUUAGAAUGU